AUGUCUGAUCUCCCAGUCCUCAUCAUCGGCGCAGGGAUCAGCGGCUUGACCCUGGCCCAGUAUUUGCACAGAUCAGGCGUUCCCUUUCUUAUCUUUGAACGGGAUUCUUCUAUCAAUAUCCGUAGUGGAGGAUGGGGUCUCACUCUCCAUUGGGGACUGCCGAUCCUGCGGGACCUGCUGCCCCAGGAGAUCGUAGCACGGUUACCCGAGUGCUCUGUGAACAAAGAAGCAUCUGACAAAGGCGAUGUUGGUCGAUUCCCGUUUUUCGACCUCAGUUCAGCAUCAGCGCUGUUCGAGGUACCCGCUGCGGAGAGAGUGCGGGUGAACCGGGGGAGGUUGAGGGAGCUGUUGACCACGGGAGUUGAUAUUCAGUGGUCGAAAACGAUUGUGGACGUCACAUCCACAGAGGAGUCGUCUGUCACCGCACACUUUGAAGACGGGACUUCCUACACAGGUAGUCUCCUGAUCGCCUGUGAUGGAGCUCAUUCCCGAGUUCGUAAACUUGUCUAUCCCGAUACGUGUCAGAUGAAUCCGCUUCCUGUUCAGCUCCUCGGUGUGACGGUUCCAUAUACUCCGGAGCAAGCAGCCGGUGCCCGAGCCAUAGAUCCCUAUAUUUUCCAGGGAGCUCACCCGGAGUCGAACGUUUUCCUAUUCUUCAGUUUUCUUGAUACCCCCAAUAACUUUGAGGACAGCACCGACAACUACCUGUGCCAGAUUAUUGUUUCAUGGGCCGAUAGUAAAAACAUUCCACUUCCCGAGGACAGCCCAAGCCGCAUCGCUCUGAUGAAGCAGCUGACGGCUAACUGGGUGGAACCGUUUCGAUCACUUAUACAGAACAUUCCUGAUGGCCUGGAAGCACGCUCCAUUCGCAUUGAAGACUGGUUGUUCAAUCCAGGCAAGACGGCUCAUGCUCGCGUGUUGAUGAUGGGAGACUCGGCCCACACGAUGACCAUGUUCCGUGGUGAAGGCGCGAAUAACGCCAUUGCCGAUGUGGGAGAUCUUGUCAAGAGGAUUGAUUUCACGUCAUCGAGCUCUCUGUCGUCAGACUCUCUGCGUCGAUCCGUUGAGCAAUAUGAAAAUGACGUGUUCACUCGGGCAGGCGCAAGUGUUCUCAACUCACGGCAAGCCUGUCUAGAUGCGCAUGACUUUCAAAAGAUUCUCAAUGGCAGUCCCUUGGUGGCCAAGAGGGUGCUAAAUUGA